CUUAUCCGCCUGCACUCCAGUAUCCAAAACAAUGGCGAAGAAGACACUUCGCUGAAGCUUUCUCCAGACUUUUUCAGCGUGUCAAUGGCUUUGGUCCCGCUUAAUUUUACGGAAAUGCCACUGAGAUGCUCUCUUCCUUUGACCUCGAGUUCUCGUUACUGUUCGUCUCCUUCGCUCCACGCAUUGCUCUUCUAUUCCUUGGGUGUGAAACCCUCGCGCCAGCUAAUUAUUCGGCCAUUCUCGUCGCUCCGUACGAGUGAGCGUAGCAACAACAGGAGCCAUAACAACCGUCGAUUAGAUAAUCGGAAUCAUAAACCUAGUCCUCCUUGGAUCGAUAAGUGGCCUCCGUCAUCCUCCGGAGCUGGCAGUGAUCAUUCCGGGAAGAAAGGUGGUGAACACAACGGCGGAGCUAAAAUUCGGUCGGCGGAGGAGGAAGCAGAAGCGAAACUUCGGUAUUUGGAGCGGGAUAAAGGACAAAACGCGAUUGAGAGGAUUGUUCUUCGGCUACGGAAUUUAGGAUUAGGUUCGGAUGAUGAGGAGGAUGUGGAAGAUGACGAGGAGAGUGGAAUGAACGGCGGGGAUGUAAAAUUGGUGACUGGAGAAGAGAGAUUGGGGGAUUUGUUGAAGAGGGAGUGGGUGAGGCCUGAUAUGAUGCUUGCUGAGGGAGAAGAGAGUGAAGAAGAGGAUGAUGUAUUAUUGCCAUGGGAGAAGAAUGAGCAAGAACAGGCGGCGGAGAGAGUAGAAGGAGAGGGAGGAGUGGCGGUGAUGACGAAAAGGAGAGCUAGAGCUCCAUCACUGGCAGAGCUUACGGUUGAGGAUUCUGAGUUACGGCGGCUGAGGAGGGAUGGAAUGUAUUUGAGGGUAAGGAUCAAUAUACCUAAAGCUGGGCUAACGCAGGCUGUGAUGGAGAAGAUUCAUGAUACGUGGAGGAAAGAAGAACUUGUGAGGCUCAAGUUCCACGAAGUGCUUGCUCGUGACAUGAAGACGGCCCAUGAGAUAGUUGAGCGUCGAACUGGUGGAAUGGUGAUAUGGAGGGCUGGAAGUGUAAUGGUGGUUUAUCGUGGACUUGACUAUCAAGGACCUUCUGUGAUCUCUAAUCGAAUGGCCGGACCUAAAGAAACUCUUUUUGUCCCAGAUGUAUCGUCUGCUGGCGAUGAAGCAACAAAUGCCAAAGAUAACCAAAAUCCACCUUUGGAAAUCAGAGACCCGAUCGUCAAGAACCCUAUUCGCAAGCAGAAUAUGACAGAAGAAGAAAUUGAAUUUAACAAUCUAUUAGACAGCUUAGGUCCACGUUUUCAAGAAUGGUGGGGUACUGGGGUGCUACCUGUGGACGCUGACUUACUACCUCCUACAGUUCCUGGUUAUAAAACACCUUUCAGGCUUCUUCCUACUGGGAUGAGAUCAAAUUUGACCAAUGCUGAAAUGACAAAUCUCAGGAAGAUUGGUAAAACUCUCCCAUGCCAUUUUGCUCUUGGCAGGAACAGAAAUCACCAAGGACUGGCCGCUGCAAUACUCCAAAUCUGGGAGAAAAGUCUGAUUGCAAAGAUCGCUGUGAAGCGAGGUAUCCAAAAUACAAAUAACAAACUUAUGGCGGACGAGCUGAAGGCAUUGACAGGAGGUGUCUUGCUGCUCAGAAAUAAGUAUUACAUUGUAAUAUACCGAGGGAAAGACUUCCUUCCUUCAAGUGUUGCAGCUACUUUGGCAGAAAGACAAGAAUUAACAAAAGAGAUUCAAGAUGUUGAAGAGAGGGUAAGAACUCGCGACAUUGAGGCUAUUCAGCCUGUUGGUGACAAAGUACCGGUAGAAAGACAAGAAUUAACAGAAGAGAUUCAACAUGUCGAAGAGAGCGUAAGAACUCGCGACAUUAAGGCUAUUCAGCCUGUUGGUGACAAAGUACCAGCAGAAGCUGGCACUCUGGCCGAGUUUUAUGAGGCUCAAGCGCGAUGGGGGAAAGAAAUAACUCCAGACCAUCGAGAAAAGAUGAUUGAAGAAGCUUCAAGGGUGGCAAAUGCGAGAGUUGUUAAAAGAAUCCAGCACAAACUAAACAUUGGCCAAUCCAAAUUUCAACGAGCAGAGAAACUGUUGUCCAAAAUAGAAGCCUCUAUGAUUCCAAAUGGGCCUGAUUAUGAUCAAGAGGUCAUCUCCGAGGAAGAAAGAGCUAUGUUCCGGAAAGUGGGAUUGAAAAUGAAGGCAUACUUACCCUUAGGUAUCCGUGGUGUUUUCGAUGGAGUCAUCGAAAAUAUGCAUUUGCAUUGGAAGCACAGAGAAUUGGUGAAGCUUAUAUCAAAACAGAAGAACCUUGCAUUUGUUGAGGACACGGCUCGGUUACUGGAAUACGAAAGCGGUGGAGUUCUUGUGGCAAUAGAAAAGGUUCCUAAAGGAUUUGCUCUUAUCUAUUACCGUGGGAAGAAUUACAGGAGACCCAUUAGCUUGAGACCAAGAAAUCUUCUGACAAAAGCAAAAGCAUUGAAACGAUCCAUCGCUAUGCAACGCCAUGAGGCCCUUAGUCAGCAUAUAUCUGAACUGGAGAGAACAAUAGAGCAAAUGCAGAGCCAACUCACCGCAAAGAACCCGUCAUACAAUGAAUCAGAAUGGGAGAACGAUGAUGAUGAUGAUGACGAGGAUGAGAAAGAUGAUGUGGAGGAUAAUGAGAGUGAUUGGGAUGAAAGUGAUGACGAAUCUGCUAUUUCUAGUAUCGAAGAAGCUGGUAAUUCAUCUCGCUAAGCAGAAAAAGUGUUUCGACACAUGCAUUGUCCUAUCUCAGGAGGUUGAAGCUAACGAUGAGAUAUCACAGAAAUGGUUCUAUACACACUGAUGGGAAAAGAAAAGAAAGAGUACAGUAAGUGGUGAUUUAUCAUCGACGUGUAAGGUAGAGUCUCUUGUUGCAGAGAUCACAUAAUCUACGAGUUCAAAAAGCAAAACCUGGUCCGUCUAUAUCAGCCUAGCCCGUGGGGAAGAAAAUAGCAUCCAUAUAUAGUUCUUGUUUUCAAAUACAUUUUAAGUUUUGCCAGUGUAUCAUCAUUAUUUUAUAAAAAAAAUAUUAUAAUUUAAUCAAAUGUAUAUUAAAUCUGAAGUCCUCUCGA